GUUAUGUAGGUAGUUCAUGUGCGGGCAACAUUGCUGGAAUUCAUGCCAUGAUAGCCUGGUAUUUGCGGUGAAAGUGCUCUGGAAAAUAGUCGCCAGCUCGAGUGACGUGGGGGCCAAAUCUCUGGAAUAAACCAGGGCCAGUUUUGCCUUCAAAAUCACACAUUUUGGAGGGGCAUAAAACCUGGUUUUUAUACAAGUUUCCGUUUAUUUCACCGUGCAGAGCUGGAAACUCUACGGGGCGGACCCACCCAUAAACACGGCAGGACGAUUGUUGUACGUUGGUCCACUCGGAGCUUCGUCGUGUAGUGAAACUUCAUUUUUGUUCCCAGAGUUGAGAGCGAUUUAAAGGGACAAUGCCGGCGGAUAAGAUGUUCAAUAUAACAAUCCCUGGUCCAGGGCCAUGGGGAUUUCGUCUUGCUGGUGGUAGAGAUUUUAACACUCCACUAUACAUCUCCAAGGUGACCCCUGGUGGUAAGGCAGCCAACUGCAGUAUCCUUCCCAACGAUUGCGUUCUUUCAAUCAAUGGCAUGGAGACGGAAAAACUGACGCAUCUUGACGCUCAGAGCCACAUCAAGGGUGCCACCGGAAACCUCAACCUGAAACUUCAGAGGGGUGAGGCAACUCUUUGGAAGCCAAAGAUCAACAGGGACGAGACGGAUGCUGCAGUCACUAGUGUGUCACUACACGCCAAUAAACAGACUUUCAAUCAUCCUGGCUCGGGACACAAUGCAACGGCCAAGCCUUUUGCAGCGAGUCCAGGUCCCGGCGCUGGGAUGGGUCGAGCCACGGUGGUCCACAAGCAAUUCAACUCUCCCGUCGGGAUCUACUCAUCUGAGAACAUCGCAGACAGCUUCAAGGGCCAGACGGAAGGAAUGAUUGCUGGACGUGUUGGAGGUGAUAUGCCAGCGUCCACGCCAGUGUACGGCCAUGCCGCCAAGCCUUACACCCCUACCUACCAGGAGCCACCCUCCUACAGCCACGGCCAGGCCCCUGCCCAGUACAUCGACCGAGGUGAUGAUGAGGAGAUGAGGUACGGUGGGUACAUCAACCCCGGUUCCCAGUCUCGCUCCUUCAAGAUGCUGCAGAGCAUGACCGCUGAAGAGGAGGCGGCAAUGGAUGCUCCACCACAGGGUGUAAGAAGUGUCAAAGCACCUACCGCAUCACCCCAUGCUGUGUCCAGACCAGCACCCACGCUACCCAUGUGCUUCAGGUGCAACUUAGGAAUAGUUGGACCAGUCCUGAAAGCCAAAGAUAAGACUCUCCACCCAGAGUGCUUCAUCUGUUACAUGUGCGACGGCCCUCUCAAGAACAAGGGAUUCUUCACUGUUCAAGGGAAGGAGUACUGCCACAACUGUGAGAGGCAAGCACGUAUGGACGCAUCAGCUGGCAGCAGCCCAUCAUACACCAACGGCUCUUCGUCCCAACCGACCACGGCGCAGCACCACAGCGCUCCCCCUGCCGCAAAACCCUACAGCGCACCCCCUCCUCCUGCCACACAACACUACAAACCAUCCCAGCCGCCAGCUCAACAACACUACAAACCAUCCCAGCCGCCAGCUCAACAACACUACAGUGCACCCCAGGACAAACGACCCAGGCAUCCAAGGCCGCCUCCUCUCGUCAGUCCACCAGUGGUCAGACCGCCCAUCGGGAUGUUUAACUUUAAGUCUAGGUACACGGCACCACAGAGGGAGGAUCCCAACGCCAUCAUCGCAAGGGCCCUUAUGCAGAAUCCAGAUGCAGUCAAGACAUGUCAGGGUGUCGUUCCAGUAUUCACAGUAGAUAACACGGUAAAACAUGAAAUGCCCACUGGGCCACAGAGCCCCACAAGUCCAGGAAUGAACUUUCCCCGGGAGCCAGGUGCUCCUGAUGACGGGGUGAAGGUGAUGUUCCUGCCCAGUUCUGCUGGCAAGCAAACUCCCAGUCAGAUUGCAACUCAGGCACGCAGCAACCCGGUACCCCGCGCCAUGAGCCAACCACCACCACGGGCCCCAGGCCCACCUCCUCCGCCCCCAACGUUUUCCAGGGCGCCCCAGCAGCAUAGCCGCGCUCCGAUGGCCAACCAGCCCAGGCAGCAGCAGCAUGCCCCACAGCAGCGUGCCCCACAGCAGCGUGCCCAACAGCAGCAGCAUGCCCAGACACCGGCAGCUGGGGGUGGACCAUCGGCGGGACGUACGCCAAUGUGUGACGGAUGCGACAGCAUCAUCAGGGGCGCGUUCGUCUCCGCCGUAGGCCGCAACUGGCAUCCUGAGCAUUUCGUCUGCGUCCACUGCCACGAGAACCUGUCCAAUCAGGGCUUCAUGGAGCAGAACGGGAAAGUCUACUGCGAAAAAGACUUCAACAACCUGUACGCUCCAAAGUGUGCCAUCUGCCAUAGGAGUAUCUCCCAAGGGGGAUGCGUCCAAGCGAUGGGGAGCACCUACCAUCAGGACUGCUUCCUGUGCCAUCAUUGCAACGAGCCAAUAACCGGAACUGCGUUCCACAUCAGUGAGGGUAAACCCUACUGCAAGAAGGACUACCAGGCGUUGUUCUCUGUCCGUUGCGCUGGAUGUAAUUACCCAGUAGAGCCUGGAGAUGCGUGGGUGGAGGCACUGAAGAAACAAUGGCACUCAACGUGCUUCAAUUGCUCUAAUCCGUCAUGUGGUACUCCACUAGAAGGACAAGCCUUCUAUGCCGACCGAGGCCAGCCGUACUGCAAGCACCAUGCACCAUAGAUUCCUGUAAAAAUGCCUAUCAGAAGAGGCGCGGCCUCGGGUCACUACACAAUAUGGAGCAGCUUAGGGUGUGAGAGGAGUUUUUUUUAGUAACAUGGGGAGUUAAGGUUUUCUUUGGAUUUGGGGGUUGUUGGGGGAGAAUUCUUCUUGUUUUUGCACUAUUGACGAGUGUCAAACGUUAAUAUGGAAUGGGGAGAGGUUUUUUUUCAAGAUCCCUGAAUUGGGAUUUGUUUAUAUCCCCAAUUGGAUAUGUUGACCGAUGUGGGUAAGGUGUAUUCAAAUCGAGGUAGUUUGGGUGACUUUCUUAGAAUGAUCACCCAGAAGUUCCUUGAUUGGGUUAUCUGGUAUCCAUUGGAGGAGAGGGUUCCAAUGGGGUUAAAAGUAUACCUCAAUCUGGGUAUAAGUAUAUCCAAUUGGGAUAGUGUGUUUGACUGACUAAGGCAGAAGCCAUUACAGCAUACAAACAUACCCGAUUGGGAACCAUUUAUAUCCUUAUUGGUAGGAGAGGGUUCCAAUUGGGGUAAAAGUAUACACCAUUAUGGGUAUAUGGUAUACCCAAAUAUGGGUAUAAGUGUACCCCAAUUUGGGUAUAAGUAUACCCAAUCUGAAAAUAAAUAUGCCCCCAAGAUGGCUUGUUUGACAGCAACCAAGGCAGAAGCCAUCACUGCACACGGGUAUACCCUGAUUGGGUUCCAAUCGGGUAUAAGUAUACCCAGUUGGGAUAGUUUUAAUGGUGGAAUUGGCACCUAAAAUGAUCCUGAUUUAUAUCCUAUUUGGGCAAAGUAUUUUUCGUUGGGGUAUAUUGUACCACAAUCUAAUAGUUUUGAUCGAACUCAACCCUCAAUGAUCCUUCAUAUUCCUUAAAAUUUUAUCGAUAAAUUUCAUUCAAUUUCUGGGUAUAUUGGUUGAUCAGGACUGUUGGUGAUAUUCGAAUUAUCGAAAAUUUUCAACCAAUCAUGAGAAUUGUAAAUAAUGCUCGCUUGAAUUGGUUGUAAAAGCGUGAAUUUUUUUUGCUGUGAUUUCUGGGAUGAAAAUUAGGAUUACUAGUAAAGGCUUUAAAAUGAAGGGAAUCGGACGAAAUUAAAAAAAAAUGGGUCUUUGACUCAAAAAAACAAAAAACAAGGAAAAUGAAAUAUUUUAGGUGAAUUGAUUGUAAUUGACUUCAAAUCUUUCAUUGACCUUUUUGAAGAAAAAAAAUUGUGAAUAGCUAAAACCAAACGUUGAAAUAAUUUUACUAAAAGUUCACUCUUGGAGUUAUAGUUUUCACAGCUUUGGCAAUAUGUAUUUAACAGUGUCUUAAAUAUCUAUAGAAGUUUUAUAUCCUCCGCUUAAUGCUUUAACAACAAAAAAAUCAAAAAUUUAUUAUAUAUAUGCAAAUUUGCUGUAGAUUGUAAGAGUGUUUAUUGGCUUUUGUGAGCACCUUUUUGUGACGUUAGUGUCGAUAUGCAAUAGAUGUAUUGUCAUUCGGCGGCCAUAUUGGAAUUCCUGUUUUGGGAAAGCUCCAUUCAAGAAUUUCUGAGUUUUGCAACAACAACUCGGAAAGUAUACAUCCUUUUCAGUGAGCGAGUGUGCUUACAAUGAAUUACUGGGGUCAUUAAACUUGAUGGAUGAGCAGUUAAUUUGCCUGGGCAGUCAGCAGCACCAUUGGUUUGUGCAUGAUUUCACUGUUUGGAAAAGGAAUUACAUGGAGAUAACAGGUGUGAGUUGCCAGAGGAAAAGGAUGUGUCUUUUUAGCCUCUUUCAUUCUUGGAGUAUUCCCAUAAACCAUGUAAACGUUGUCCAUAACAAAACAGAUGCAACAUCAUAGUCGGGUACCUGUGAUGUCAUGACCCACUACUUAAGAAUGUAUGAUGUGGAUUUUAGGAACAAAACCAAGAUGGCCGCAUCGUGAUGGGUCUCAACCAAGCCGUUUUUAAAUCAAUGUCUUCCAGUUUUGAUGUUAGUUUUAUUUGUUUUUUGAGAAUAUAACACAAUAAAUUAAAUGUUUUUGUGGUUUUAUUUGAAUAUGUAAAUAAUAUUUUUUGACUACUUUGCUAGCUUAUUAUCAUAGACUGCAUGAAAAAGUGCAUACACACAAUAUCAAAACUUUAUAUUGAACGACAAUUUCAUAUUUGCAUCAGUUUAAUGAGCAAUAAUAAUAUUUUAUUGUUCAAAAAUUAUUUGAUGAUCAUAAUUAUUAAUAAAGCUUAACUUGGUUACUUCAAAAUUUGUAACCAAUGAAAGUUUCUUAUUGAUGCCUUUUGAAACAAGAGACACUAUCAAGUUUUGUCAAAAAGGAAAACUUGGUGUUUUUAAAAAUACACUGACUGUAACAUUUGAGUCUGGCACCCAAACGCAGUUCUACUAUAAGAGUUGAAUAAGGAGAAUGGCACCAGACCUGCCAGAGGUGGGGAAAUUAACGUAUGAGGAAAUUCUUAGAAUUUAGUUUAGUGUGGAUAAACUAGGUAUAGUGUAGCUUUAUAACUAAUCACUCAUUAAAAAUUAACAGUACUGAAAAUACAAAGUAUAUUAUUUCGUUGCAAAUUUGUUUUUGAUUAAUUGAUUAAUUGAUUGAUUGAACGAUUAUUGAUUGAUCAAUUGAUUCAUGAAGUCAAGUUUCUUUCACAACUUUUCGUAAUUCUCACAUUUUAUUGUUUAUUUACUGUUAACUUAACCAACUCGGUUUUCUUUUCAUUUUUUGUACAUGUGUCCUUAUUUAUAUGCAUCUAGAAAAAAAUUGUACAUUUUACUUGCUUGCUAGCUUAACAAUAUGCAUUAAGCAAAAUUAUAAAGCGACUAAAAUAACUGUUAUUUUAUCAUCUUGUGACUCUUAAAGUAUUUUUAUUUUUAAUCUAUUUGGUGGAAGCUGAAAAACAAUUAUACGCAAUAUUAAUUGUGUUCUGCGAAGUGUACCCAAAUAAAGUAAACCAAUAAGCUUUGUACUGAAUAUUAUGUUUAUUUUUUUAUAGAUUUUUUUUCUUUAAAUUGUUGUAUUGUUUACCAGGUGACAGUUAACAGUUCGAGCAGUGGACAUGUACAAGUCUAAUAUACCUUUGAAGAAAAAAAACCUACGUAGUGAAUUAUUACAAUUUUAAAAGCAUACUACUUUAUUUCUUGUUAAUAAGUAGCUCGCUUUUCCCGAUUCUUAAAAGCUAGUUCGUUUUACCUUGAUUUGUUGCUAUUAAAAUUAUCUAAAUUAAUUUUGCUUGUAUUAACCACAAUGUAUAGGAAAUACACAGCCUAGGAAACGCCUACAAAGAGUGCCUUUAGUAUUUUUCCAAUUUGAUGAGAAAUUUUCAUCGGGAAUUUUAGGUUGAGAGUGUAAUUUUCUGAGCAGUUUCUUAUCCAUGAAUAGACAGUUGUGUUUGUCUGUUAUGAACAGGACUUAUGUACAAGGCUUGUGGAAUAAUGUGCUGUUAAAAAUAAUGACAUUGUUUGUUUGUUCAAAUUUAACCCCUUGCAGACCACAGCGGCCGAAAGCAGCACCUUGCCUACACGGCCAUGUUCCUCCACUUGCUGCAUGUUUUAUUAACAUGGCAUGAUUUGUAUGAGUAAACGUAGACCUGUUCAUAGUACCCACCCAUGUGCCUUCUAAUACGUUUUGUUCACAAUAUAUUUGGAAAAUAUUAAACGGGAAAAUCUACAGGUAAAUUUCACCACUCCUUUUCCAAGGUUUCUAAGAAAUCAAAGUCAGAAAUGUUUCUUCAUGCAGCACUGAGGAUUUGUCGGGAAGGGGGUCUGAGCCCCCCCUCUCCAUUUGCUGGACUAAACCCCUGCAGAAAUCUAGAGCUGUGAGGUUAUAUUUUUGACCCCUGAAGGUCAAAGGGGUGUGACCCCAAAGGUCAAAGGGGUGUGGUGGUGAUGUCUGCCGCUGGAGUUUUGGAAGAGCAAAUGGGGAGGGCUGCCAAUGUGGGACAGAAAGCAGUAACCCUCUUUUUUUCAGGGGGGUCCAUUGCAUUUUCUUGUCUGCCAUCCUGGACCUGCCCACCCUUCUCCUCCUAUGCAUAUGGAUGAGAGCAUCAUUUGCAUAAAUUUGCAUAUGAUAGUUAUUUAUAGUAGUUCUUAAAGGCAGAUUCCCAAUGUUGCUGGUUUAUCUUUUCAGCCAUGUGAAUUUUGUGUAGUGAAAAACGUUUUUUUGAAAGAGAAUUGAAAAGGUAUGAGAUUUAAGCACCAAGAGUAUUUUGAAAGACGCCUUGUUCAGUUUUUUGGUGCACACACAAAAAAAGUUCAAAAUGUUUAAGAAAGGAUUUCCAAUGGUAUGUUAAAAUGAUAGUUUAAUCUGUACUUCAAGUGUGUUAGUUUUACAAUUGUACAUUUCACUUGUCAAGUUGUAUAUACACCAAAACCAUUGGCUCAAGACUACUCCUUUGUUCCGACACCCCUGUGUUUUGUCACGGGUUCUGUUUUAAAUCAUCAGGGGGGGUUUCGGAACAUAGAUGUGUGAGAAUAUGGAACAGUCACCCUUUCACCAUGUAAUAGACUUGCGUCACUCACUACAAUUUAAACGACGUCAGAAUUUUAAUUUUCUGCAAGAACUAGUUGAAUAUUUUGGGGUAGCUCCAACAAUAUUGAAUUGACUUGUAACCCUCUUUCCUUUUCCUAAAUUUACCUUUAACUCUUCAUUUCUGCUUGCAAGAUUUAACCAAAAUGUUUGCACCCAAUCUCUACAUUUUAUUGUCUUAUCGAUGUACUUUAUUAUCCUCCGCCCUGGUGUGAUCAAAUAAAACGCUUUGAAACCUUA